AUGUCUGAAGGUAUUACUGAUAUUGAAGAAUCCCAAAUUCAAACCAACUAUGACAAGGUUGUCUACAAGUUCGAUGAUAUGGAAUUGGACGAAAACUUGUUGAGAGGUGUUUUCGGUUACGGUUUCGAAGAACCAUCUGCCAUUCAACAACGUGCCAUCAUGCCUAUUAUCGAAGGUCACGAUGUCUUAGCUCAAGCUCAAUCAGGUACUGGUAAGACCGGUACCUUCUCCAUUGCUGCUUUGCAAAGAAUUGACACCUCUGUUAAGGCUCCUCAAGCUUUGAUGUUGGCUCCAACUAGAGAAUUGGCUUUGCAAAUCCAAAAAGUUGUCAUGGCUUUGGCUUUCCAUAUGGACAUCAAGGUUCACGCUUGUAUCGGUGGUACUUCCUUUGUUGAAGACGCUGAAGGUUUGAGAGAUGCCCAAAUCGUCGUUGGUACUCCAGGUCGUGUUUUCGACAACAUCCAAAGACGUAGAUUCAGAACUGACAAGAUCAAGAUGUUCAUCUUAGAUGAAGCUGAUGAAAUGUUGUCUUCUGGUUUCAAGGAACAAAUCUACCAAAUUUUUACCUUGCUUCCACCAACCACUCAAGUUGUUCUUUUGUCUGCUACCAUGCCAAAUGACGUCUUGGAAGUUACCACCAAAUUUAUGAGAAACCCAGUUAGAAUUUUGGUUAAGAAGGAUGAAUUGACUUUGGAAGGUAUCAAACAAUUUUACGUUAAUGUUGAAGAAGAAGAUUACAAAUACGAGUGUUUGACUGAUUUAUACGACUCUAUCUCCGUCACUCAAGCUGUCAUCUUCUGUAACACCAGAAGAAAGGUCGAAGAAUUGACCACUAAGUUGAGAAACGAUAAAUUCACCGUUUCCGCCAUCUAUUCCGACUUGCCACAACAAGAAAGAGACACCAUCAUGAAGGAAUUCAGAAGUGGUUCUUCUAGAAUCUUGAUCUCCACCGAUUUGUUGGCCAGAGGUAUCGAUGUCCAACAAGUUUCUUUGGUUAUUAACUACGACUUACCAGCUAACAAGGAAAACUAUAUUCACAGAAUCGGUAGAGGUGGUCGUUUCGGUAGAAAAGGUGUUGCCAUCAACUUUGUUACUAACGAAGAUGUUGGCGCUAUGAGAGAACUAGAAAAGUUCUACUCCACUCAAAUUGAAGAAUUGCCAUCCGACAUUGCUACUUUGUUGAACUGA